AUAUAGCUAUUAAUCUUUGUAUUUAACUAUUACGUAUACAAAAUGGUUGACGGCAGUAUGAUAUCGGAGACGAAGUGGGCUGAUAUUGAAGCUGAUGAGGACUAUGAUGUCGAUGGGAUUGAUAGUCAUCGUCUGACCGCUUUUGAAACUGCUCCGGACUCCCAGGGUAUCAAGGUUGUAACUUCGUACACCAAGAAUCGCCAGGGCCAGACGGUAAAGAUAACAAAACGGAUCAAGGAGAGUAGAAUCCCUCGACGCAUUCACAAGGAAGCUAAAGCGCGUGCCGAUGGAUCUAUAUUCAAGGUUGAUAAGAAUAUGGAAGCGGGUAUUACCAUGGCAUCUCAGGAAGAGAUUUUAAUUGAGCAGCCAGUGGGCCGUCGUUCCAAGGUCAAUGUUGAGGACAACCUUGACCUUGUAUACGCUCCUGCGGAUAUCAACCUUACGCGUGCAACUCGUGAAUUGAAGAUGAAGUUCAAGAGUUUACGUGAUGACAGUGACGUUGUUGACAUGAUGGAUUCCAAGGACAUGCCAGCUAAGUACGUUCCACCCAGCCGUAAGGAGGGUGGUGAUCGCAGGAAUUUCGAUGAGAACACUGUACGUGUCACUAACUUGAGUGAGGACGUGCGUGAGAAGGAUCUAGUAGAGCUGUUUAGUCGUGUAGGCCGCAUUCACCGUGCUUACCUAGCUAAGCACAAGGAAACCCAGUAUUCCAAGGGUUUCGCUUUUAUUACCUAUGCCACCAGGCAGGAUGCCCUCAACGCUAUCAAUAAGCUUAACAGGCAGGGUUACGACAACUUGCUGCUGAAUGUGGAGUGGGCCAAGCCACCAAACAGAGACAGGCAAUAUUAAACCGCGGUAAUAUUAUAG